AUGCUAAGUUUGAUAUCUGUUGAUAUAUCUUACAAUCAUUUGGAGGGUCCUCUUCCCAACAGCAAAGUCUUUCAGAAGGUUUCAUUUGAGGCAUUCAGAGAUAACAACGCUUUGUGCUGCAAUAUCUCCGGUUUGAAGGCCUGCCAUCCCAAAAUGAGUGAUGGGCCGAAGGGGAAAAAGCACAACAAAUUUGUGAUUUUGGUUAUAGUUCUUGUGUUGGGUAUUUCAUUGUUUUUAUUUGGCAUGUUGGCAAUCUUUUUCAUUCUUCACAAAAGAGCCAGGAACAAAGUCAAUGAGCCAAGCCAUGCAACUAAGGAAAAUUUGUUUGAAAUAUGGAGCUAUGAUGGAAAAUUGGUGUAUGAAAACAUAAUUGAAGCGACUGAGAACUUUAGCACCAAUCAUUUUAUUGGGGUGGGAGGAUAUGCUACUGUUUAUAAAGUUGAGCUGCCAAGUGGUCAAGUUGUUGCUGUAAAGAAACUUCAUAAUUCACAAGAUGCCGAGUUGGUGGUUGUGAAAAGUUUUACAAGUGAGAUUCAAGCAUUAACAGAGAUACGGCAUCGUAAUAUUGUGAAGCUUUAUGGUUUUUGUUCACACCCAAGACACCUAUUUUUGGUUUAUGAAUUCCUGGAAAGGGGAAGCUUGAGGAAGAUACUAAGCAAUGAGAAGCAAGCAAUGAAUUUUGAAUGGACUAAGAGGGUGAAUGUCAUUCAAGGGGUGGCAAAUGCUUUGUCUUGUAUGGACCAUGAUUGUUCCCCUCCGAUCAUUCUUCGGGACAUAUCGAGCAAUAAUAUUUUGUUGGAUUUAGAAUAUGUGGCUCAUAUUUCUGAUUUUGGCACAGCUAGACUCAUAAAUCCCGACUCCUCAAAUUGGACUUCAUUUGCGGGAACCUUUGGAUACGCUGCUCCAGAACUUGCUUUCACAAUGGAAGCGAAUGAGAAGUGCGAUGUCUAUAGCUUCGGAGUGCUAACAUUGGAAGUGAUAAUGGGGAAACAUCCAGGCCAUCUCAUCUCUUCCCUACCAUCAUCAUCAUCAUCAUCAUCGUCGUCAAAGUCAAAUUUUGAAGGCAUGUUUUUGACGGAUAUUCUGGACCGACGCCUCCCAACAUCCAAGAAUCAAGUGCCACAUCGAGUGGAUUUGAUUGCAAAGCUAGCAUUUGCAUGUUUGCGUGCUAGGCCACAAUCUCACCCAACCAUGCAACAAGUUUCUGUGGUGCUAUCAAAACAAAGUCCAUCCCUUCAAAUUCCACUCAACAUGAUUUCAUUGGAACAAUUGUUGCCGGAGAGGAAGGGUCGCCAAAGUGGGAGGGAGACUGCUGGAGGAAGGAAGGAGGAGUUGAAGGUGGAAGGUGUAGAGGUGGGAUUCAAAGGGUAUAUUUGA